AUGUCGACCGAACGACGAGCUACGGAUUCUGUAUGUAAGAAUAAUCGACGGAAAUCUACUCCGAUUGGGGGUGGCGAGUGAGUUUUGAUAUUGUUAUAGGUUUUUGGUGGUUUUUUUACUUUUUUGAUAAUUUUAGGUAAUGUUUUUGCUUUUUCAAACUUUUUUUGACUUUUCAAUGGCUAUAUGAUGUCUAAUUUAUAACUUUCAGACGGGACAAAAAGGACAAUUCAUUCAAAAAGACCAAGAAGUUGGUGAUAGCGGGCAAUCGAUCUGCAGAAAGAGGCAAGCCUUCUGCUACAGUCCAAAGCCCCUCAGGUGAAACACCAGACAAUGGCGUCUUCAAUCCUGAGGAGAAGUUACAGUAAGUUUUUUUUUUAAUUUUGGUUAAAGCUUUUUUCAAUAUUUGUUUUGGCAAUAUGUUGUAUUAUAUGAAGCAGCGGAUAUUGUAGUAGCUUUAUCUCUUGAACUAAAUUUUUUUUUGGUUCCAACUAUUUAGUAGCUUUGUUUCUACUGUAGCUUACUGUAACGUCCUAAUAAUUUAAAUUUCAGCCAAAAAGAAAUUGUUUUGGACGAGAGUCAAAAGUCGCACCUUGCCAAACUGGCUCGUCAGAUUAUUGGCGAUGGAAUACCCAAACUGACAGAAGAAUACGAGGGAAUUGCCAAGUAUAAACCGCCACAUCUUACUCGAGAAACUCAAGAUGCGCACAAGAAGCAAUGCAGGUACAAGGACGUCAACUGCUGGGAUCAGACUCGGAUAAAGCUCAACUUUCCGCCGGACAUUGAGAACGACUUUAUCCACGCCAAUUAUGUCACUCAUCCGCUGUUCAAAAACAAAUUCAUCUGUACUCAAGGUCCCAUGGAGCAUACAAUACUCGAGUUUUGGCGGUUGGUUUGGCAGGAGAAUGUUGUGGUAGUGAUCAUGCUGUGCCAGUGUCUUGAGUUGAAGAGGCCAAAGUGUGCGCAGGUAAGAGGGAGAAUAUGGCUACUGUAACAUCCUUGUUGCUAUUGACUCAAGCUUAUGUUUUUUCUAUUCUUAUUUUUAUGUUACAGUACUGGCCAACAGUGGUGAACACACCGAAGACAGUAGGACCAUUUACCAUCACAACCGACAAUAUUGACACAGUUACUGAUCCGAACGUCGUCUACACAGAGCUGAAGCUCGAGUACGGCGGAACGGCCAAGAAAGUCGAGCACCAUCAUUGGAUCACAUGGCCAGACAAAACGGUACCAAAAAAUGGUACUGUCGCCUUCAAACUGCUGGUCCAUCCACGGUACUACACUUGCAGUCCGAGUAUUAUUCACUGUUCGGCUGGUGUGGGACGUACUGGUACUCUGUUGAUGCUGGAGCUUUUGAUACAGUAAGUCUGUAAAACUUAUUACAGUACCUAUUUGUAGAGAAGUACUGUAGAAGCGGGCAUUGUGGCUUUUACACAAUGACAAUUUUAGGCAUAUCGUCAACUUGAAGCAGCCAAGUAUUCCGGAUCUGCUGAAGGAACUGAGAGCACAGAGAAGCCAGCUGAUCCAGACUGAAGAUCAGUAUGUGUUCAUGCACGCUGCCAUGGUACAGUAUGCUGUCCUACAGAAAGCGGUCUCUUUUGGCGAGUGUAACAGUAAGUUUUUGUUUUUUUCAUAUUACUUUGCUCUACAGCAUUCUAUUGUUUUCUUGGUUACUCUGCCCUGCGGUACACUACCUUACUCCACACUAUCCUAACCUCCUUUACUAUACCCUACUCUACCCUACUUUGCUUUACCUUAGUCAUGUUUUACUAUACCUAUAACCACCUCAAUCUUUGCAGAGUUCUUCCACCACUAUACCACCUACGUGAAGCAUUUUGCGGCCGAAACGGACGCCAAAAACAAGGCCAGAAAGGCGAGGAAACCGGCCACCAAAGCCAGAAAGGCUCACGAAGAUACGGUCGAUAAGGAUAAAGAGAAAGAAAAGGAUAAGCCGGGUGGUCUACGUGGUUUUCUGGAGAAUUUUACCAAGGAAAAGGAGGAAAAGUACAACGACGACUCGGACUCGGUCAGAAAGUGA